AGUCCUCAGGGCGGCGGGCGGCUCUGCGCGGCCUCGUCCCUGGCAGGGCCAGGCCGCCCCGCCCCCGCGGCCUCGGCCAGCCAAUGGGAGGCGGGGUCGGGGCCCGGCGCCCCAGGCCGGCGCGGCUCAGCGGGCGCCGGGGGACGCCGUGCCCAGGAUUUAUUUGCUGAUUCUGCCAUCUUGAAAAAGAUGGGAAAGGGCUACAAGGUGGUGGUUUGUGGAAUGGCGUCAGUGGGAAAAACUGCGAUUUUGGAGCAGCUUCUCUAUGGAAAACAUACUGUUGGCUUAGAAGAGGGUGCAACAAUGGAAGAUGUGUAUUUGGCUUCGGUGGAAACAGAUCGAGGCGUAAAGGAACAGUUACGGCUUUAUGACACUAGGGGUCUGCAGGAAGGUGUAGAAUUGCCAAAACACUAUUUCUCUGUUGCUGAUGGCUUUGUUCUCGUGUAUGCUGUGACCAGCCUCGAAGCUUUCCAAAGGGUUGAAGUGCUCAAAAGAGAGAUCGACGUCUUUAGAGACAAAAAGGAGGUAACUGUUAUUGUCUUGGGAAACAAAACGGACCUCCUGGAGCAAAGACAAGUGGAAACAGAAGCCGCACAGCAAUGGGCAAGGGCUGAGAAAGUGAGACUGUGGGAAGUGACUGUGACAGAUCGGAAAACACUGCUUGAGCCAUUCACCUUCCUAGCUAGCAAACUCUCCCAGUCCCAGAACAAAUCCACAUUUCCCUUGCCUGGUAGGAAGGGCAAAGGGAAUAACUGCGAUAACUGAGCCACCUUAACAUUGUCUGCUGCUGCUAAGGUCACAGCCUUAGCCCUUUCUCUGCCAUUUGCUUCUCACAAUUUCACUUAAAGCAAUAAUCUCAUUCAGCAAUAAAAUCAGCAAGCUCAUGGCUAA